UGUUCUCAGUUUCUACAGGGAGGCGGCAAAAAGAGAAAAGUUGUUAUUUUAAGAUAAAAUAUCGUAUUUGUAAUUUCUCCUAAAAAAAGUAGUUUAAAUUCGAUAUUAACCUUCCACUUUUGUCCGCCCCUUCCCAAUUUCCAGCUACCUUUACGUUUCUCUCUUUGUUUCUUCUUCUUCUUUACCUGCAGUCUCUCACUAACCCUAUCUUUCUAAUCCUUUCCCCCUUCUGAAAAUUGGGUUUCCAAUUUGGUAGCCUAAAUCCAGAGAGCGAGAGGAAAAAAGUUAUUUUUUUUGUUUCCUUAUCAAGAAUUAAAGCUCUGGCGAUGGAAGAGCUAGGGCAGUUUAAAAGGGCAUUACUUGAUGCCACUGCAGGCGCUAUUGCUGGCGGCAUUUCUCGGACAGUUACUUCUCCUCUUGAUGUUAUUAAGAUAAGAUUCCAGGUUCAAUUGGAGCCUACAUCUUCAUGGGGUUUGAUUCGGAAAGAUCUUUCAGGACCAUCAAAGUAUUCUGGAAUGUUUCAAGCAACAAAGGAGAUAUUCAGGGAAGAAGGUUUACCGGUCUUUUGGCGUGGUAAUGUACCGGCUUUACUUAUGGUUAUGCCAUAUACUGCCAUACAGUUUGCGGUGUUACACAAAUUGAAAACGUUUGCUUCUGGUUCUUCCCAUACAGCGGAUCAUCUUAAUAUAAGCCCCUACCUAUCUUACGUUAGUGGGGCAUUAGCAGGCUGUGCAGCUACUGUUGGAUCUUAUCCUUUUGAUCUUCUACGGACAAUAUUAGCUUCACAAGGUGAACCUAAGGUAUAUCCCAACAUGAAAUCAGCACUAUUUGAUAUACUUCAAACUCGUGGCUUCAGAGGAUUGUAUGCCGGGUUGUCACCAACGCUGGUUGAGAUUGUUCCUUAUGCUGGCUUGCAAUUUGGCACUUAUGAUACGUUUAAGCGUUGGUGCAUGGCUUGGAAUCAUUUAAGAUCAUCCAGUACAAGCUCAACCACAGAUGAUAGCCUUUCAAGUUUUCAACUCUUCAUUUGUGGGCUAGCAGCUGGUACUUGUGCGAAACUCGUCUGUCAUCCGCUUGAUGUAGUCAAGAAAAGGUUCCAGAUUGAAGGACUACAGCGGCACCCGAAGUAUGGUGCCCGAGUAGAACAUCAUGCUUAUAGGAACAUGUUUGAUGCUUUACACCGGAUUCUGAGGUCAGAGGGUUGGCAUGGUCUUUACAAGGGGAUUAUUCCGUCGACGAUCAAAGCUGCACCGGCUGGCGCUGUGACAUUUGUGGCUUAUGAGUUUAUAUCAGAUUGGUUAGAGUCCAUUCUGACUUGAGGCUGACCCUCGUUUUCAUUUUUAGGUUUCCUUCUCAUCAAUGACAUAAUUCAUUAUUUUUCUCUGAAUUUUGUUAACCCCAUAAGAAAAUGUGAAAGGGUUUCAUCAUAUUGUUACAUUCAAUUGUCAUUAGUUACAGGAAGUUGAUAUUGUUCAGAGUAUUGGAUUCGGUGGUGAA